ACUCUCGCGCGCCCGAGCCCCGCCGCACUUAUUACUCGUCCCUCUUCACCUCACCUCCCGCCUCGUACGGCAAUCCGAUCCAUGCAGCGAUCGAUCGACCGAUCGAGCUACCACAAGUUAAAGUAGCCGCGCAUUGCGUACGUAGCAUACAUGGGCAAGAAGCCCGGCGGCGGCGGCGGUGGCUGGCUGGCCACCGUCAGGAAGGUCUUCAAGACUAGCCCCUCCUCCUCCCCUUCCAAGGCCAACAAGGGGCCGGGAGGCGGGGAGCAAGAGGCGGAGAUAGUGUCCGUCGAGCACUUCCCGGCUGCCGACACGUCGUCGGAGGUGACGAAUGAGGGCAGCGGCGGGAGGGAGCGGGUGUGCGGCGGGGUGGAGGCGGAGGCAAGGAGGGCCCGCCGCGCCAUGGCGUCGAGGAUGGCGAGGCUCGCGGCCCUGCGCGGCAGGGCGGCCGGCAGGGAGGAUCGCGCCGCCGUGCGCAUCCAGGCGUUCUACAGAGGUUACUUGGGGAGUUCAAAAUGAAAUGACACUGAAUGUGUGCACCUGUUGUGUUCAGGCUAGGAGAGCCCUGCGCGCGCUGCGCGGGCUGGUGCGUUUGCAGGCGCUGGUGCGCGGCCACCAGGUGCGUCGCCAGGUCCGCCAGACCAUGCGGUCCAUGCAGGCGCUCGUCCGCGCGCAGGACCGCGUCCGCGCCCGCCGACUCACCUCCCACGUCGACGCGCGCGGUCGACUUGCCGCCGUCCCAUCGCACGGCGGUGGUCGGCGCUCCUACGGGCACGACCGCCUCUUCUUCGACGACGAACAUGGCGACGAGGACGCCGAGACGGAGGCGCAGGUACGGCGACCAAGAAACAGGCAGAGCAGCAUGGGCAACUUGAGCCCGUUCCAGGAAGGGUGGGACGCCGUCACCCGGGCCGGAAGCUUGCGUCGGCACGGCGGCGACACCGCGGCGUGGCCACCUGCCUACGCACACGGCUUCCAGCAGCAGGAGCACAAGCUACAGUGCGACGAGCAGGACCAGCGCAAGGUCGGCUGGGACUGGCUGGAGCGCUGCAUGGCGCCGAGCAUCAUGCCGCCGGGGCCGGCCAGCCAGCACCUGGCGGCGGAGACGUCGUACGUGACCGCCUUGGCCACGGCCAGUACGGAAGGCGUUUCGGAGAGGACCGUGGAUAUGGACCCGAGCAGGAAGAGCCCACCCAAGGACCUGUACCCGGUGCGCGCCGGCGCCGAGGUGAUUCCAGGGUACAUGGCAGCGACGCAGUCGGCGCGCGCCAAGGCACGCAUGGCUGCUCCAAGGGCGCACAACCGGAGCCGGUCCGGAUCGGUGGCCCUUGGCGGUGGCUCGACGGCGAGCUCGGGCUGGAGCACGAGUAACAACGGUGAUGGUGGCGCCCGUGCGGGUCAUCAGAGGGAAGGGUACAGCCCGGAGUCGAGCUCCAGCGGCGAGCGGACGCUCCCGGCGGUUGGCGGCCCAGGCAGGGUGGCCUAUGCCUGACCCUUGCAUAGUUGCAUGAUCACAAACUGCUACUGGAGACAACUGAUAGUAUGUUAGUAACGUGUUCAAGUUGUGAGGUGUGGUCAUGACUGGCUAGCUGAUCCCAGCUUGUUAGAUC